AUGACAGCCCAGGAGGAGAAGGUGUCGCUCGAGAAGGCCCCGAGUGCCUCGAAAGGCGGCGGCGACAAUGUCUCCAUCUCCCGCAUCAAGUCCAUCACACAAGGCGAAAUCGUCUCGCUCGAUGCCUCCGAGGUCUUCCUCCGAGAACACAACUACUCCGACGAGUACCUCGCAGAGCUUCUGGCCGACGCGGAGAUGAACAAACGCCUCGUCCGCAAGAUCGACUUCGUCGUGCUGCCCCUGCUCGCGGGCACAUAUGUUCUGCAGUACAUCGACAAGCAGGCCAUGUCCUACGCCGCCGUCUUCGACCUUUUCAGCAGCACCGGCAUCGACCAGGACCAGUAUGCCUGGUUCACCUCCAUGUUCUACCUCGCCUACCUCGUCGCCGAAUAUCCCUGGAUGUGGGCAGCACAAAAGACACGCAUGGCGAAGAUUGUGUCUGCCUGUGUUCUGGGAUGGGGUGGGAUAUUAAUGAUCACGGCCGCUUGUCACAACUUUGCUGGAUUCGGAACAUGCCGCUUUCUGCUGGGACAGAUCCAGACCUUCCCAGUCUGGAAAGCCAUCUUCCUCCUCUGCGGUGGAGUCACAGUUGUCUGGGGCCUUGUUCUGAUGUUCUUCUUGCCCGACUCGAUCCUCGAAGCCAAGCGAUUCACUCUGGAGGAGAAGGCUCUGCUCAUUGCACGUGGCCGCCUUGCCAAGACUGGCAUUCUCAACAAGACAGUCAAGUGGGCACAGGUUGGUGAGGCAUUUAUGGACCCACAGGUCUGGCUGCUCUUCACAUUCGUGCUCUUCAACGAGGUCAUCAACGGUGGCUACGCGAGCUUCGGCAAGCUCAUCGUCAAGGGCCUCGUCACCGACCCGCUCAAGACCACCGCCCUGGGUAUUCCACAGGGCGCAUUCCAGGUUGUGUGGAUCCUUUCCGGCACGUACAUCGCCUCUCGCUACAAGAACCACCGGACCACUGUCAUGGCACUGUACAACCUGCCAACCAUAAUUGGCGUCAGCCUGAUCUGGAAGAUGGACCGGACAGACUACGCGAACAAGGUCGGCGUCCUGAUCGGAUACUACAUCUCCGGGUCCUACGUCGCUUCGCUCGUGCUGGCACUGCAGAUGCCGUCCGCCAACGUGGGAGGAUACACGAAGCGCACGUCGUCGUCUGCGCUGGUCUUCUUGGCGUACUGCGCUGGAAACGUCAUCGGCCCACAUGCAUUCUUGAAGCAGGAGUCUCCCUACUACAGGACAGGCUGCAUUGUGAUCCUGGCCUGUGCUGUGGCUCAGGUUUGCCUAGCGCUCGGCUUGAGACUGUUGCUACAGAUGAGGAAUAAGAGGCGAGACGAUGCGGCAGCGGCACAGCCACAACAGGGCGAUGCCUUUGAUGGUGCUGAUGCGACGGAUUUCGAGAACCCCGACUUCCGAUACUUACUUUGA